UCAUAACUAAUCUACGGCUCGUCUAAUUUAAUUAAAAAUCUCGUGUGCUGUGUGUUGUUUCUACAACAGCAAGUACCCUUUCGCUCAAGCUUUGAGUCGUCGUCUUCUUCUUCUCUUCUCCGAAUACGCCGGUGCUGUAGAUCGUACAAACCUAAGAUAGAGAGAAAAUGUGGGGAAUCUUGAGGCAAAGAGGCAUUGAUGGAGGCGGCUUGUCUCUGAGGAGGACACGAUCCGCAUCGGUUUCCGCAAGGAGCUACGCAGCUGGGUCAAAAGAGAUGACAGUCAGAGAUGCCCUGAAUUCUGCAAUUGAUGAGGAGAUGUCUGCAGAUCCAAAAGUAUUUGUCAUGGGUGAAGAGGUUGGACAAUAUCAAGGUGCCUACAAGAUCACUAAAGGACUUUUGGAGAAAUAUGGUCCUGAGAGGGUUUAUGAUACCCCUAUUACGGAGGCUGGAUUCACUGGAAUUGGAGUUGGUGCCGCCUAUGCUGGCUUAAAGCCUGUUGUAGAAUUUAUGACGUUUAACUUUUCAAUGCAGGCAAUUGAUCAUAUCAUUAAUUCUGCUGCGAAGUCAAAUUACAUGUCUGCUGGACAGAUAAAUGUACCCAUCGUCUUUAGAGGACCCAAUGGUGCUGCUGCUGGUGUUGGUGCUCAGCAUUCUCAGUGCUAUGCUGCCUGGUACGCCUCAGUUCCUGGUUUGAAAGUUCUCGCUCCAUAUUCAGCUGAAGAUGCUCGUGGUCUUCUUAAAGCUGCCAUUAGAGACCCUGACCCUGUUGUCUUCCUUGAAAACGAGUUACUAUAUGGUGAAUCAUUUCCAAUUUCAGAAGAAGCACUGGAUUCAAGUUUCUGUCUUCCCAUAGGCAAAGCCAAGAUUGAACGACAAGGAAAGGAUGUAACAAUAGUAACUUUCUCGAAGAUGGUCGGUUUUGCCCUCAAGGCAGCUGAGAAGCUCGCAGAAGAGGGAAUAAGUGCUGAGGUAAUAAAUCUGCGGUCAAUCCGUCCGCUAGACAGAGCAACCAUCAAUGCUUCAGUGAGAAAAACAAGUAGAUUGGUAACAGUUGAAGAAGGCUUCCCUCAGCAUGGAGUCUGUGCAGAAAUCUGUGCGUCGGUUGUGGAGGAGAGCUUUUCAUACUUGGAUGCACCGGUCGAGAGGAUAGCAGGAGCUGAUGUACCAAUGCCUUAUGCAGCCAACCUAGAGAGAUUGGCUCUUCCUCAGGUAGAGGAUAUCGUUCGAGCAGCCAAGAGAGCUUGUUACAGAUCCAAAUGAAAAAAAAUGAUCAUCGUCAAGAACACGUUCUUCUUUGAUGAAAGUAAAAUAAGAAAGAAAAAAAAAGAGGAGAAAUUGAUGUGUCUUUUGCCACAAAACCACCAUUCGUGAUUUUUAUUUGACCUUUUGCUAUUAUUAUUCUUGCUAAUCGUCGCUCACUGCGGUUUUCUUUUUCUUUGUCCUUUCCUUUCCGAAUUGAAAAAUUUUAAUCUUGUGGGGUAAUUGAUAAAUUGAUCGAGAAAGCUGGUAAUGGAGCUCA